AGAAUCGCGAGUGAUGAGGAGUGUGUUCCUGGGGAUCCGGCUUUGAGGAUGGUGCCCGAGACCCGACGAGCCUGCCCGACCCAGGGGUCUCAGGAACCUGAAGCGAGAGGCAGGGACGGCGGGUUUGGGGUCUUAGGGCCGCGAGUUCUGGGAUUCUGUCUGUGUCACCCAGGAAAGCUGUUGUCUACGCCUGAUGGUAGAGCUUACCGCGCCGCCCUCCGCAUAACGCACGCCCUACACCGCCUAGUGCCACCCUGCCCUCCUGCAUCUGUCCCUGCAGCGAGCCGGCCGUGGUUGUUGAGGUGUCGCCAGAGCCCCAGGACACUAAACCAAGCCUUUCCUUUAAAACUUGUUGCAAGUCUAACCUCCUUGACAGCCUGUGCUUGAAAUCCUGAAGGAAUUGGACGAAUAUUACAAGAAAUUUAAACGAGAGACAGAUGGUGCCCAGAAACGCCGAGUGUUACACUGCAUCCAGAGAGCCCUGAUUCGGAGCCAGGAACUGGGCGAUGAGAAGAUUCAGAUUGUGAGUCAGAUGGUGGAGCUGGUGAAGAACCGGACCAGACAAGUGGAUAGUCAUGUGGAACUCUUUGAAACACAUCAGGAAAUCAAUGACACCACUGGCAACAGCGGCAAAGCUGGCCAAGAUAAGUCAAAGAAUGAGACAAUCACGCAGGCAGAAAAGCCAAAUAACAAACGUUCCCGGAGGCAGCGCAACAAUGAGAAUCGAGAAAAUGCAUCUAAUAAUCAUGACCAUGAUGACAUCACCUCAGGAACACCCAAGGAGAAGAAAGCAAAGACCUCGAAGAAGAAAAACCGCUCUAAGGCCAAAGCAGAGAGGGAAGCAUCCCCUGCAGACCUUCCCAUCGAUCCAAAUGAACCCACGUACUGUCUGUGCAAUCAGGUCUCCUAUGGAGAAAUGAUAGGUUGCGACAAUGACGAGUGCCAUGAAUGGUUCCACUUCUCAUGCGUGGGACUCAAUCAUAAACCAAAGGGCAAGUGGUACUGUCCCAAGUGUCGGGGGGAAAAUGAGAAAACCAUGGACAAAGCAUUGGAGAAGUCCAAAAAAGAGAGAGCCUAUAACAGGUAGUUUGUGGACAUUCACUAGUAGUGGGGAAAACAGAACCAGCUAGUGUAUUUAUUACAUUGCCACCUGUGCUGAGGUGUGAGGGUUGUCAAAUGUGUAUUUUCAAGGAAUGUUGGAGAAGGCACCGUUCCCUUCACAGGGAUGGCAGUGACUCUCUCCACCUUUUGUUCUCACUGGUAUAUGUGUGUAAGAAGACAGUGGUCUGUGGAUCAGCAUUUUAGGAACUACAAAUAUAGGUUUCAAUUAAACACUUACGUGAGUCUCA